AUGUUGACAAUGACGGCACAAAACCUGAAAGACAUGGCUGAAGGAAUUCCGGCCGACGACAAGCUACCUCGCGUGUUCAAGGAUGCCAUAAAGGUUACUCGAUCUCUCAAGAUAAAAUACCUGUGGAUCGAUGCACUUUGUAUCGCUCAAGGAGACAUGGAAGAGUGGAAGACCGAAUCACUCUUGAUGCGAGAGAUCUAUCCUGGAGCUCAUGUCACCAUUUCCGCAGAUGCGGCGUCAACCUGCGACGAGUCGUUUCUUACGAUGCCCGACAGGGAAUGGAGGCGAAGUAUCUAUAUUUCUGGGGCAAGGCAAGAUUUGAGAUCGAAGAUCUUUGCACAAUUGGGCCACGAUAGAAAUAGCCGAGUGGGCCAGGAAGAAUGUGUCGGGUGCUUUGGAGGAACGGAAUACAAUAUACAUUCUCGGGGCUGGGCGCUACAAGAAGCUCUGCUCAGUCCAAGACUAGUCUCUUUCUGCUUUGAACAGGUUUAUUUCGGUUGUGAAGUGGGAGGAAUCUCGAGGGAAGAUUGGGAGGAUUUGGAUUGGUCACAUUGUGUCGAUGGGCCGUCGUUCAAUUUAAACCAAUUGUGCCAGAGUUGGUUACGGUUGUCAUCCCGACCAGCCGAGCGAGACUCGUACGCGGACAGUACGACAUUUAAACAGAUAGAUGCCGAUUCCGAGCUUUCGGUCCUGUGGUGGGAGUUUUUGAAUGAAUACGCCCCUCGAACGCUCUCCGAACCCGACGACAGGCUGCCAGCCAUUUCUGGCCUUGCUUCCCAUUUCAAACGAACACUCGGUCUGCAAAAUGCUUAUUGUGCUGGUCUGUGGAGUAAAAAUUUUGUGAGGGAAUGUGCUGGUAUCAAGAUGGGGUUAACAUUCGGGAUCCGCCUACUAAAUCUCCUUCUUGGUCAUGGGUGUCUUGUCCCGGUAAGGUGGCACUCGCAUGGAGAAUGA